UGAAAAGCUUUGAUGAGUCGUCUCUCAGACGCUGAAAUCAAAUAAUCUAUCCUCGUCGAUCAUAUCCAUUCUGAUCCCUUCGCCGUUCUUUGCUUCUUCAUUCAUCAUCGUUUUCCUCCGUCGUUCAUGUCGAUUCCUCCUCAAAUCUUCCCUCCUCGUAAACGACGACCCUCGGCGGGGUCGUUUAUCUCUCCCAAAAUCACAGAGCUCGACCUCCUUCACUCUCUGCUUCACCUGACCCAUGAGAUUUCCUUUCUCAAACCCAUCCGAUUCCUUCACAGACGCAAUUUCUCUUCCAUCAUUCGCAAAACCAAUCUCCUCGCUGUUCUCUUUGAAGAGUUGAUUAGAAGUUCGGUUUCUCUUUCCUUUCAAUCUGCCAUCCUUUGUUUCGAAGAAAUGUACAUAGUUCUACAGAGAAUCAAGACCUUAAUUGAAGAUUGCUCCAACGGAAGCAAGAUGGCGCUGUUGAUGCAGAACGAAUUUAUUGCCGAUAAUUUUCACAAACUCACUGCGGAUUUAUCGACGCUGUUGGAUAUAUUCCCGGUGGCGAAACUUGAAAUAAGCGACGACGUUCGAGAGCUGACCCUGAUCAGAAAACAAUGCACUGAAUCAAAGGCUUUUGUGGAUCCGAAAGACAACGAGCUCAGGCACGAGGUUGUCACGAUGCUUGAUCGCAUUAAGCGAGAGAUCGUCCCCGAUGAUUCCAAGCUUGCGGAUAUCUUCGAGAGGUUGGAAAUCCGAGAUUCUUCGAGUUGCAGAGCGGAGAUUGAGAGUUUAGAGGAGGAGAUUCAGAAUCGAAACGAUGAGCAAUCCAAAUCCGAGCUCGUCGCUUUGAUCGGACUCGUCCGUUACGCGAAAUGCGUUCUUUUCGGAGCUUCCACGCCGUCAUCUUCUUCCUCAGAUGUACAGCGGCGUAAACAGCCGUCAGAGAUUAUUGUUCCGGCGGAUUUCAGGUGUCCGAUUACCCUUGAGCUCAUGCGCGACCCGGUGGUCGUGGCAACAGGACAGACGUACGAUCGUGAGUCUAUCAAACUGUGGUUCGAAUCAGGACACAACACGUGUCCCAAGACUGGUCAAACUAUGUCCCACACGGACCAUCCCAACCGCGCAUUGAAGAAUCUAAUAGCGAUGUGGUGCCGCGAGGAAAAGAUACUGUUUGAAACCGCGGGCAGUAACGACAAACCUCACGGCGUUAUCAUCAACAAAGCCGCCUUAGAAGCUACCAGAAUGACGGCGUCAUUCUUAGUCAACAAAUUGUCUCUUUCUCCGUCCAUGGAAGCCGCAAACGCCGUCGUUUAUGAGCUUCGUUUUCUCUCUAAAACAGAUUCCGAUAGCCGAGCCUGCAUAGCCGAAGCUGGAGCCAUCCCUCUCUUAGUUCGCUACUUGAGCUUCAGCGUCGGCUCAAAGAAUCCACACCUGCAAGUUAACGCCGUCACGGUCACGACCAUCCUCAACCUGUCCAUCCUCGAGGCGAACAAAACGAGGAUAAUGGAGACUGACGGAGCGUUAUACGGCGUUAUCGAAGUCCUUCGCUCAGGAACCACAUGGGAGGCGAAGGCCAACGCAGCCGCCACAAUAUUCAGCUUGUCUGGGGUUCCCUCGUACAGAAAAAGACUGGGAAGGAAGACACGUGUCACACGGGGGUUGAUUGACUUGGCAAGGUGCGGGCCCACAAGUGCCAAGAAGGAUGCCCUGGUGGCAAUUUUGACUCUGGCGGCGGAUAGAGAGACGGUGGCGAGGCAGGUAGAAGCUGGGGGUGGUGGAGAUGACAGCGAGGUGAUGGACGGGUUACCCGAAGAGGCGGUGACAAUUCUUGAGAUGGUUGUGACGGGUGGGCUGGUGGCUGUCGCCGCCGCGUUCGGCAGCAUUAAGAAAUUGGGGGUUAUAUUGAGGGAAGGUUCCGAUAGGGCAAGAGAAAGUGCGGCGGCGACACUCGCCACAAUGUGUCGUAGGGGAUCGGAUAUUGUGGCGGAACUGGCCUCCUUGCCGGGAAUUGAAAGAGUAACAUGGGAAUUGAUGGCCAUUGGGACUAUAAGAGGGAAAAGAAAAGCAGCCACGUUGUUGAGGACUCUCCGGCGAUGGGCUGCCGGAAUGGACGGUGCAGGAUUAACGGCCAUCACUUCAUCAACAACAAUGGUUUCAACGGCCAUCACUUCGUCAACACAAUGGUUUCAACUCAAUAGCACAAAGAGUAUAUGUCUAGUUGUUUUUUCCCCUGUUUUUUUAAUUUAUAAUCUGUAAAUGGCUCAAAUAUUUCCUUGUUUUCUUUCUUUGGAGUCCCAAUCCUUGUAAAAUGUAAAAGGAAUUUCGUUUAUAAUCUGAUUCUUUCAUUUGUU